CGCUUCAGUUGAGUGCAAUUGAAGCAGACUGUGCUUGACAGUGAUACGCUCCCGUGUGACUUAUUAACUUUAUCGACCAGCUUUUACAACGUUUGCUGACAUUCUGAAAGGCAAGGGGACUUGUAUUUGAGCCCCAAGUUCCUCGUGUGGGAUUAGCUUGACACUUUUGGGGUUUUGCUUUCGGGACAAGUGAACUUAUUGCCCAGCAAGGUGGACUUGUUCAAUUGCCUUUCUACCGUUUUCUUUUCUUUUUUUGUGGACUUCCAUUCGGACGGGGGUUUUGUGUCCCAUUUCCAAAGGGGAGAGUCGCAUGCUCCCCUCCAUCCCCGUCGUCGGGUAUCUAUGGAGAGUUUGCCCCGGCGGAGGCGCGCACGCUGCUCGCGUUCUACGCCGAGGCCGCCCCGCCGAGUGGUGACUCGUGAAUUUCUCGACCUGGAUACAACGAGGCGACACGCUUAACCUCAUUUGAAUGCCUGUGCAAGGUUUCUGCUGGUUGCUGUGCUGCCGCCACGGCUUCAGUUUGCUGGGGAGGGACUAUGGGGAGAAAGAGGAGGAAGAGUCUUUCGAGUUGCGCAAUAAGGACGACCUGACUCCCAAUGGGCAGAGUCCAGCCGAGGUGAUUCACGUUUCUCAACCGACUUGUACGGCCAAUGGGACAAACGGCGUGGCCGUGUCAGACGCGCCUGAUGAGAUGAAGAGCCUUAUCCUGGAGAAGAACAAGAUGGCCCUGGAAGAAGAACCUGAAAUUCUGGUCAAAGGUUGGCUGCUGCGCGAGGUACGAGGCAACUGGAUCAAGCAGCGGCGCUUCUGGUUUGUGUUGAGCCAGGACUCGCUAGACUACUACAGCGGCCCGGAAAAGGGAGCCCGCCGACUGGGAACGCUGGUGCUCACCAGCCUCUGCUCGGUCAUCUGGCCAGACAAGCAGACCUUCAAGGAGACUGGCUACUGGAGCAUCACGGUGUAUGGGCGCAAGCACUGCUACAGGCUGUACACCAAGCACUUCAACGAGGCCGUGCACUGGGCCUGCGCCAUCCAGAAAAUCAUCGACACCAAAGCGCCCGUGGAAACGCCCACGCAACUCCUGAUCCAGGACAUCGAGGAGAACAAGUUCAACCCUGAGGUGGUGGAGCACAUCUUCCAGCACAACCCCAUCCUCAAGUACACCCAGGGCCCCCUCUACGCCUCACUGCUGCCCUUCCCCUAUGGCAGCCUCGAGCACACAUACCACCACGGCAAGGGCUACGGCUCGUUGUGUGAGGAGGCCGUCAAGCUCUUCAACAGCCUGCAGCAGCUGGAGUCUGUUCACGACGCCGUGCCCAUCAUCCAGGGCGUGCUCCAGACCUGCCUCGACCUGCGACCGCUGCGCGAUGAGGUCUACUGCCAGCUCGUAAAGCAGACCAGCCACACGCCUGUCCCCUACACCGUCGCCCACCUGCGCUACUGGCAGCUGCUCACCUGCAUGAGCUGCACCUUCCUGCCCGGAGCCGCUGUCCUCAAAUACCUGCGCUUCCACCUCAAGCGAAUCCAGAACCAGAGUCCUGAAUCAGAGAUGGACAACUACGCGUCCUUCAUCAGCGAGGCUCUGGAGAAGACCAAGUGUCGCGAGUGUGUGCCGUCAUGGGAGGAGAUCCACAUGCUGAUGAGCAGGCAGGAGAUGCUGUGCACGGUGCACUACCCCGGAUCUGGGUGCUGCCAGCUAUACAUCAGCUCACAUACCACCGCCAAUGAGGUGGUGCAGAGGAUGCAGCAGAGGCUAGGCCUGAAGGACAGCAAGAACACAUUUGCUCUAUACGAGCAAAACGCGCUGUGGGAGCAACCGGUGACGGGCGGCGCGCUCAUUGCAGACAUCCUCACCAGCAUCUCCAGCAAAGAGUGCGAGUCCAAAGGCCAGCGCAAGCUGUGCUUCAAGCUCUACUGUCUUCUGGACGCGGACAGCAUUUCAGUGGACAGCAUCGAAUAUCUCUUCCUCUUUGAGCAGUGCCACGAGAUGGUGGUACGCGGCCAGCUGCCCGCCUGCGAGGAGGACCUCCAGACGUUGGCGGCGCUCCGGCUUCAGGCCGUCAGGGGGGACUUCAGCACGCACGCGCCCUGCCCACCCCUAGACGAACUCUUCCCCAGCCACGUGCUGGAAGCCCGUGUCCUCAUGGCCCAGGUGCUGCCCCCCUGCCAGGUGGCCGCGCCGACGGGCUGCCCCGUCACGCAGCGCUUCCCCACGGGUCUGCUGGCGGGAGCCCUGUGGAGCCACGCGGCGGCGGCCCACAAGCAGAAGGUGGAGAAGGACCUGCGCCUACGCAGUCGCGUGAAGGAGGAGGCGGCGGCCGUCAUGGGAUCCAUCUUGGAGCGCUGGAGGGGCCUGUUGGGCUCCAACUGCAGAGAUAGUAUGGCUGCCUACCUGGGCAUAGCGCGGCAGUGGUCCGGCUUUGGAUGCACACUGUAUGAAGUCGACUUCUACAUUAGUUCAACAGGGAGUUUUUCCCAGAAGUUGUGGUUGGGCGUAGCGGCCAGCAGCGUAUCUCUGUAUCGCCAAGGAGAGGCCGAGGCCCUCGAGUCGUUUCCUUACGGACAAAUCUGCUCGUACGGCGUCUCCGACAGCAACACGUUCAAGAUCAGCGCCGGCGGCCGCGACAUGCUCUUCGAAACCAACAAGCUGAGCGAGAUCACGCAGCUGAUGAACGCUUACUUCAACGCCACCCGUCUGCAGCGAGGCAAAAGCGACGCCGUCAAAAUCCACGACGGCACACCGGUGGGCUUCCGCCACGCCCCGGCCCUCCUGGAGCUGCCCUCGCACCCCGUCUGAGAUGGACGCCGCCCUGCCGCCUGGGGUCCGGGGGGGAACGAAGGCGCGGGAUGUUCUCGAACACGAACCCUCACAGCUGGACCACGAAGUACUUCCACAUCUGCUUUCUGUCUUUCCCCUAUUUGGGUUGACUUUCCUCGAAGGCGGCUAUCAUCCCUUCCCUUCCCGCGACCUUCAUCAAGGAGUUUUCAUAAGGUCCCGGAUCAGGCUCGCAUUACUGCACAAGUGUUGAUGCAGCCAACCAUGUGAACUUGGAACUGGAAACAGAUGUUGCGCCUUUGCAGCUCAAGUCACGAUGGCCGCUGCGCUCACGUGCAGAACCCUGACGGGAGGAUCGCUGUUGCCGCCGCCGCUGCUUCUUCUUCUAUGGUUUCGCACCCACUUGUUCGGCCUUGACUGAUGUCGUCACAGCGCAGCUCAACUCUGUUAACAAUGAUAAAACAGUGGUAUCUUGAUUUAGGAUGAUUUAGGCCCUUUUACGGGCCGUAGCUCAUUUGAUUGUUUUUCUUCGGACAAAUUUGAGUUAGGGUUGAGUCACAACAUCCGCCCAGCAUCCCACGUCUCACUGAUAAUUGAGCCAAUGAGAACUAGAGUGGAGGAAGUCCACUUUUGUCAUUUUGCUUGAGAGCGAUCUAAAGUUUUACAACAAGGUAAUGAUAAUAGUUUUUACAGUACUUGUGUUUCUAAUUUCUUUAUUCAUUUCUGCACUUCAAUUAAAAACAAGAAGAAGAAAAACAACAAUGUGUUACCCUACUCUAGUUCUCAGUGGCUCAAGUUUACAUUAUUAUCUUUGCAAUGAUGUCAGACAGUCAACAUGGUGACAAGGCAGCCUAUCGGAUAUCUGGUCCACAAGAGUUUUCAAGCAUAGAUUCUUAACACCUCCACACAUGCAAAUACAUAUUACAGACACGCACACACACAAAAUUAUACAAUGAAAGAAAUGUUCUAUUACACGAGCUCAGUCAUGGAACAAAUUCAAGAUCAAGGUGUCUGUAUAAGAAGAAAUAACAGGUGCCUCUCCUUUUUUUUAAAAAUUAUUAUUAUUAUUUUUAAACAACCAAGCUGUACUAGCGCAAAGCCCCACCCCCCUGAGCCGCAAUCACUGGACACUUCAUUAGGUACACUUGCACAGUCCAAUAAUGACAUUCUCCCUUCAAAAAGAUAAUAAUGCUCAGUAUUAAUCAUUUAACAAUGUGUGUCAUAAUUAUUGUUGUUGUCGGUUGCACUGAAUGCAUUAUAACAAGAGCUGUGGUCUGUCACAAUUGAGCAUUGUUCAUUUUCAUAUUGAAUCAUUAGUUGGUGCAAGUGUUCCUAAUCAAGUGAGCUCUGAAUAAGGCCAAGGAUACUUUUGUAGUAUUAUUUACUUUUUAAUUUUUUUUUUUAAAUAAUUUUAUUUUUUUUGUAUAAUGUCUGUGGUUAAGUGCGCCUUUUCACGUUAGCAUCACGUUUGAGCGACGGCACCUCAGGUGUCGUAUUCGCUGCUCAGGUUAUAUGGAAAUACACUUUUGGAACAAAUGUCCCCAAAGAAAUUUCAACUGUAAGAUUGAGGCACCGAAAAUGGAUGGCUGGCUUUGGGCCUUUCGUGUCCAAACGAUCACAAUGUGUCAUAGUAGCAAGCAAGGGACCGUCUGACAAUUUUUUGCAACUAGGAUGCCGUCAGUGUUGAUGCUUAAAACAACAACAAAAACAUUAAACGUUUAUUCCCAGAGCCAAAGUGUUGCCAAGUUAUAGGAUGGACCAAAGAUGUUUUUUUUAAUAUAUAUUUUUACAAUUUUCCCCCCUCCCUGCCCCGCCCUCCAGUUUUCUAUUAAAGCCUUUAUUUUGUGGAGCUAAUCAUGCGGCAUAAGUUGCCCAUGUGACAAUAAAUACAAAAAAAAAAAAAAAAGAAAGAAAUGCCACCAGCUUCUUAGAUAUCAGAUCAAUCUGCACAACUUUGACUGCUUCGCAGCUGCAGGCAGCUCCGGGAUGAUGUAGCAAAACAAUAAGAAAAGAAAGUGUUUUUUUGUUUUAUAUUCAGCUUGUUUGUACGCUGCAUGGUACCUCUUUAUCUAACGUGUGUGUAUAGUUGAUUGCACUAUUUUUUUUAACUAACUUGGAAGUGCAAUAAGACAAUGUAAUUAAUAAAAACAGCACCAUUUUA